GGCCUCAAGCAUCGGUAUCCUGCCUGUUCGACUUGUAGCAUAUGGCAGCAACUCGUUCCGCCUCCUCUGGUCCGCUCACCGUGUACCUUGUGGACCGUUCAGGUCGUGAUGUACGAGUCUCUGGCGAAGUCAUCGAAGGUUAUGUGGAGAUUCAUGUCCCUCAAGCAUUGAAGCAACGGAUCGACACUGUCGAGGUUGACGUUACUGGUUACGUAGAGUCGAAAAUCUCCCGUCAACACCAUCCCAAUGUCGAUACUCUGUAUCAAUCUAAGGUACCGAUUUUCAGCAAAAGAACUUGCUUGUGGACAGCAGCAUCUUCCGCUUCUCCCGCGCCGUCUGGCUACCUGCGCUUCAUUGUUCGCUCGCAACUACCUACAGACCUUCCUCCCUCGUAUAAGGGAGGGAGAUCGGGCCACAAUACUGCAGUGAUCUACGGUAUCGAAGUAUUCGGGCUGCGCUCAGGGAAAGCCAGACCUCGUUGCCAGGCUCGUGUGCCAUUUGCAGUGCACCCACAAGGGACACCAGAGGUUAUCGACGCCAGUAGGACAUUAGGCGAGGGAUGGAAGAUGGGUUGGAUAACGCGGAAGUUCGAGAAGGCAGUCAGGCAAGGACUGUGGGGAGACUAUUCGCACGUCCAGGCGGAGAUAUCGCUACCUGACAUACCUGCUCUUCCAACGACGACGAACAUACCAUUCAGGUUGAAGGUCGUUACGCGAACUAAACCCAUCAAGGACAACGGUGCCGAUGAAAUGACUUCGAAGGUUCAAACGGGGCUCUUCCCUCCCCCGCCCACGGACCCCUCUGCCAUCACCUUGCGACUGGAACAACACGUCAAGUUCACAGCAGGAACCGUGCGCGAGGAGACGGACUCGUUCACGAGGACGACCAUUCCACAUCUAGCUGGCUUCGGUAUAUCGCCAUCCAGCACGCCUGGGAGCACGAAGAUCAGUGUGAGCGAACCGCAAUGGAUGCCGACCGAUAACACAACGGAUGGCAAGCUCGUCUGCGUACGAACAGUCACGUUCGACGCGACUAUGGCAUUCAACUGUACCCCUACCUUCAAAGCUGGUGGAACUUCAUGCAAGUAUUACGUCCACAUAUGCGUGCCCGUGCCGGGGCUCAAGAACGACCUGAAAUGCUAUGUGCCAGUUGAAAUUUCAUCUAGAGCUCAUUGUCCACUUCCUCCUCCUGCGCCUCCAGCACAGCUGCAGGUUUCCGUUUUGCCCGCAUACUCGUCGCUCGACCUUCAGCAAAGCGCUCCAGACUAUGACGAAAUAACGAACCUCGAUCUGCCGCCAUCGUACUGGGACAAUGAAUGUCAUUAUAGCGACGAGAAAGACGAGAAAGACUGCGCGGAGAAAGCCGAGAAGGAGAAAUUUUGACUUGUUACUGGAAUACGAUUGUUGUCAAGUAGUCAAGAACGAACUCUGACAAACUCCC